AUGCAGUUGCAAAAGCUGCACCUGACAAAGAUCAUUUGUGGUGACACAAGGGCCCUCCUCAAGACGUACGAAAGGGUCUUGGACGUUCUCUCUCAAAUCGGCAGUUCGUCUUUGACGUCCGUCAACCUCACCUUCCUCGCGCACUUAGGCCCCGAAGAUAACUCUCCUCGUGGAGCCGACCUCGUAUGUGCAUACGAAGGCCUGCGUGAAUGCUUGACAUGCAUCCUUUCCCGCGACGUUUUCAAGAGGAUUCCUGUCAAUACUAUCGAGAUCAGGGUCAGGGCUUAUGGAACCAGUCAAGCCGACAGAGCCGUGGACAAUGUCAUCGAGGAAGUGAUGGCACCACCCUUCAAACCAUGGGCUGCAUGCGGUGUAAUCAGACUCGUAGUCCCCAAACGUAUCAUACUGGCGAAGCCCAAAAGCGUUCGGCGGGUGUCCCCUAUCGAGGCGCGUGCUAUCUGAAUCCCUCUUGACGCCUCUGGUCGGAAUCCAAGCCUACACAAUCUUGUCGUCCGUCGAUGUGCGGCGGCAUAGGCCAGCUACAGGCAGGCAAUGCAUGGUGUGUGCUAGUAGGCAAGG